AUGGCCCCCGUCUGCCUUCCUCUCCCUCUCCCAGCCCCCUCUCUGCGCCCCGGCAUGGGCCUUCCUGAGCGCGCUCUCAUCUGCCUCCGCCAAUCGUGCUCGCUGACGUCCCCCCGGCCUCCAGCGGCGGCGCCCAUGCGAUCAGCGCUACCAUCCGCAUCCAGCCAUGAGCCCCGUUCUGUACACCGUGAGAGUCCCCGUGUCCCAUCAGCAGUCUACGGCGCCGUCUCCAUCCUCGCCGACGACGCGGCCGGCAACGUGCGCGGGUCCCGAGCGUCCCUCACUGUCCCCGCUCUCCUCGACCGUGCUUCCAAGUCACGUCUCACUGUCACCCGCGUCACUACACUGUGA